CGAAUCACACCAUCUGUGAGCACUGUUUCAACGUAUCUUCAUUAUCCAUCAAACCAGCUAGAAUUUUACAGUCAAUAAUCUUCUUACUCUUUCUCUCUCCUCCUCUCUCCCUGGGUUACGGUUACUCUACUUUGGUUUUGCUACAUCGGAGCUGUGACUGUGAUGGAUAUGGUGCCAAUCAGAGUAGAAACGAACGGUUCAAACUCCGAAACUCAAGCCUCUGUAGGAGUUUCCGGUGACCGUGAAAUAUCGGACCGAGCUGCCGGUGAAGGUGUAACGGAACGAACUGUAACUGCACAAGAUGUCCCUACCAACACAUCGACAGAAAACUCCGGCGACGGCGACGAUGAGGUAGUUAACGUUUUCUCUAUUUAUCUGUCUCUUGGCCUGUUUGGUUCGAUGGAAAAUGGGGAGGUCGAGAGAGUUAACAAUUCCAUUGGUUUACAAAACUUUCAUGUGCACGCCUGUGACUAA